AUGGAUGACCAAAGCAAAUCUCUGCAGUUAGCUACAGUUUAUCCCGUGCAAUCGAUCACCUGUGAUGAAAUCUGGGGAAAUGGAUUUGGGAGAUGUACUUGCAAAUAUUUUCCUAUAACGGCAGCCAUAUUGAAACCCCAAAUAUUGCUAUCUAUUAUCCAGCAGGUCCACUUCACAACUUGGAUACAUAUGACAUUUGUGUGGAGUUCUACUUUCACCAUGAAGCCAGCUCAGCUCCCUGUUUUCCGAAGGAAGCCUUUUGUGGCGGCCUGGAAUGCGCCGAUGGAUCAUUGCUCCAUCCGAUACAACGUAACAAUUAACCUGGAAAUGUUCCAUGUAACUGGAAGCCCAUUUGCCAAAGCGAGAGGGCAGAACGUGACGAUAUUUUAUGUCAACAGGCUAGGAUAUUAUCCAUGGUACACUCCACAGGAAAUCCCUGUCAAUGGCGGCCUCCCUCAGAAUUUCAGCUUGCAAAUGCAUCUGGAAAAAGCUCUCCAAGACAUUGACUACUACAUUCCUGAUAAAGAUUUCACUGGGCUAGCAGUCAUAGACUGGGAACACUGGAGGCCGCAAUGGGACCGCAACUGGAAUACAAAGGAUAUUUACAGGAGGCAGUCGAGAAAACUAAUUUCUGAAAUGCACGAAAAUGUUUCGGCAAACGCCGUUGAGCGUCUAGCUAAGCUUUCCUUUGAGCAAUGUGCUAAGGCUUUCAUGAAAGAGACAAUUGAGCUGGGGAUUAAAAGUAGGCCCAAGGGUCUGUGGGGAUACUACUUGUAUCCUGACUGCCACAAUUACAAUUUCCAUGACCAGAACUAUAGUGGCUCCUGUCCAGAAAAUGAGGUUUUGAGGAACAAUGAACUGUCAUGGCUGUGGAACAGCAGCGCAGCCCUGUAUCCUUCCAUUGGCAUUAAGAAAUGCCUUGGAAACAGUGAAAAUAUCUUACGCUUUUCACAGUUUAGGGUGAACGAAUCUAUGAGGAUUUCCAUGAUGACAUCACAUGGUUAUGCUCUCCCAGUAUUUGUAUAUACCCGACUAGACUAUAGGGACGAACCUUUGCUAUUUCUUUCCAAGCAAGAUCUUGUUAGCACCAUUGGAGAAAGCGCUGCCUUAGGAGCUGCGGGAAUUGUUAUUUGGGGAGACAUGAAUUUAACGUCAUCUGAGGUCAACUGCACAAAGGUGAAACAAUUUGUUGCUUCUGAGUUGGGCUUCUACAUCAUCAACGUAACCAAAGCGGCCGAGGUGUGCAGCUGGCAUCUUUGUCACAACAACGGGAGGUGUGUUCGAAGGAACUGGAAAGCCUUAGAUUACCUCCAUUUAAAUCCUCAGAACUUCCAAAUAGAAGCGUCAGGCGGCCUGGGCUUUACUGUGAGAGGGGAAGCAUCGCCUGUUGACCUUCGAAUAAUGGCAGAGAAAUUCGCCUGCCAUUGUUACCAAGGGUUUGAAGGCGCUGAUUGCAGGGGAAUGAAGACUACGGGCAGCCAACCAGGAGAUUCUGCCACUUUACUCCCAUCUGGAAUAGUAGUUGUGAUAAAUUUGACUUCUUUAAUCUUUUUAAUGCCUGAGACUUCCGUCCUAAGAGUCAAAUUGCAAUGA